AUGUAUUUGAUACCGCACUCGAGGCGACAUCUGCAGGUGACGGCAGACACCGCUUGCGCGUAUCCAGAGUUUGCUAGGCUAUCGACAGGAGUUAAGGGGAUGAACGCCACGGCUAAGGAUGACAAGAACCAACAAGUCGCGCGUAAGAAGAUGCUCGAUUUACGCAAUGUCAGCGUGGGAAAGGUUCCGCAGGACUCACCGUGGUUAAGAAGCGUCCGUUUGCAUUACACGCAGGAUGGCCAGUCCAAGAAUUGGGACGUAAUAAGGAUUCACGACAGCGUGUGUAUGAUUGUCUUCAACACAAGUCGGGAGAAGCUCGUAUUCGUCAGGCAAUUCCGUCCGGCAGUGUAUUACGCAUCCAUAUCGGAGAAGCAAGCUGCGAUCGAUGUCGAGCGUUAUCCUGCAACCCUGGGGCUGACCUUGGAACUCUGCGCUGGCAUCGUGGACAAGGACAAGUCUCUCGUCGAGAUUGCACGAGAAGAGUUGAAGGAAGAGUGCGGUUACGAAGCGCCCACUUCGUCAUUUAGGGAAAUUAUUACCUAUUUAUCUAGUGCUUCAGCUAGUGCAAAGCAAACUCUUUUCUACGUAGAAGUCACAGAUGACAUGCAGAUACACCCUGGUGGUGGUGACGAGUCCGAAGGUGAAGUCAUAGAAGUGGUGGAAUUGAGCAUUCCUGAGCUGAAGGAUUACAUGAGAUCCAAAAAACCAUCUAAAAUAAAUAAAAGAAGACAAAUUAAUUUGAGACUGGGAAUCGCUGGGAACCGUCGGAGUAUCGAGCUAUUUUCAAGUUACACAGAGGGUGCUCGGAGACUGGGAAUCGCUGGGAACCGUCGGAAUAUCGAGCUAUUUUCAAGUUACACAAAGGGUGCUCGAGUUUACAUAACUUUGACGACGCCAUUGAUUUUGCCUACUGUUAUGCCGUCUACGCCAAUGCAUGGGUCAGAGAGGCGAACUCAGCAGGGUUUCCGGACAUUUUUUCUUGAAGGCAAGGCACGCGAGAGACGAGACGGAUUUCCUAUGUUUCUACCAAUUACUAAAAAUCCACGGGAUAUGUGGGAAUUAAGAAUACGUAUAAAAAGUUAUUCGUCGUUAUCUUGAUGUGAAACGAAGGAAUUUAUUACGAAUCACUAAUGCGUGAAACUAAUUGGUGAAUAAUUCUGUCAAUUUAAAUAAAAGAAAUAAUUGCUUAUCGUA